AUUGAAGGAAAUGGAGCUGGGAGGCCGUGCAUGUUUCCUUUCUAUUACGAAAGCAAUUGGUAUUCGGAGUGCACUGCAAUUGACUCUCCAGGGAACCGUAAAUGGUGUGCGGUUGAAACAAAAUAUGAUCAUGGUCAAUUCUGGGGUUACUGCCCAACUAACUCCAAAGAAACUUGGAACAAAGGCCCUACAAAAGGAGCAUCUUAUCAGCUGAACACACAGUCAGCGCUUACAUGGGAUCAGGCUGACGCCAGCUGCAAACAGCAGAGUGCCUCCCUGCUCAGUAUCAGCAAUCCUUACGAGCAGGCUUAUAUUUCAGCACUAUUAGGGGCAAAUUGGGGACAGGAUUACAAGCUUUGGGUUGGACUGAUCUUCCAGAAUUUAGAUUAUGUGUGGAAGUGGUCUAAUGGGAAUCCUUAUGCAUAUCUGAAUUGGGAUUCAGCAUCCACUGAUGAACUCUGGAUUGGACUAAAUGAUAGGAACAGAGAGAGGCUGUUUGUCUGGAGUGAUGAUUCUCCUGUGAGUUACACUAGCUGGGACUCUUGGGAACCAACUGUCACCUCUGAACAAGAAGACUGUGUUCUGAUCAGAGGGGAGAAUGGAAACUGGGCUGACCGUGUGUGUGAUGAGAAACAUGGCUUUAUCUGCAUGAAGACAAGUGACUCUGAACCCUCUGGAGAUGAAGUGGAGCUGAACGCAGGCUGCAAAACUGGUUGGAAAAGACAUGGAUCCUACUGCUACUUUGUAGGGAUUGAGACAAAGACGUUUCAUGAAGCCAAUGAUGACUGCAAGAGCUCAAACUCUUAUUUAGCUGAUGUUUCAACUGGCUUGGUGGGGCUGAGGCCAGAGAAACACUUCUGGAUAGGUCUCUCAAACCUGAAAAACAGAGAAUAUUUUAUGUGGACCAACAAUGCCUAUGCGAGAUAUACUCACUGGAACACUCAUAUGCCAGGUCAUGUGCAGGGUUGUGUUGCUAUGGCAACUGGGCAUUCUGCUGGCCUUUGGGAUGUGUUGCCUUGUACCAAUAAGGAAAAAUACAUCUGCAAACACCUGGCAGAGGGGGCAGCUUUAACCCCAGCUCCACCAACCACUGCCACGCCUAACUGCACAGAUGGAUGGAUUAAGAUGCAAUCCAGAAUCGUCUGUUAUAAGAUCUUUCCAGAGGCUUCAGAAAAGAGAAAGACCUGGUACGAGGCUAGAGAUUACUGCAGAGCCAUUGGAGGAGACUUAGUCAGCAUUCACAGCAGUGCUGAUUUACUAGGGACAUACAAUUACGUCUUACAACGUAAUUACAUCUACAAUGAUUGGCAUAAUCAAUACUGGAUUGGACUUAGUGCUCCUGACCCAGACACAGGUUAUGUAUGGAGUGAUAUAUCCCCGGUAAACUUCCAAAACUGGAAAGAUGGAGAACCAAACAAUAAAAAUAACGCUGAAUUGUGUGUUGAAGUAGAACACGUGUAUGGGGAUAAAAUUUUGCUUUGGAGUGAUGUGCCCUGUGAGAAGUACAAUAACUGGAUUUGUCAGAUCCACGCAGGAGUCACCCCAAAGCCGGCUCCAGACCCUGUCACCCCUGGUAUGUUGAGGAAUAUUUCAACAGGUUAUCAGAAUUCUUGGAUUGGCCUAUCUGUAGAUCUUGAUGGAACAUUUCAGUGGAUGGAUGGUUCUCAAGUGGUGUUUCAAAGGUGGGAUGAAAAUCAACCUGAAUUCAAGAACUUUGACGAAAACUGUGCUGUCAUGACACAUCAUAAUGGAUUCUGGCAUGACUCCAACUGUGGGUUAGAGUAUAUGUCCUUUUGUAAGCGCAGCAGCUCAACACCCACAAACACCACUGCUGCAGGGGCCGAAUACUUUUGCAAGCCACUGUAUCUCAACCGUAAAUCUUUGUCUACAUUUUCAGUGUUUCUACUGUCUCAAAUGGCUGAUGCACCUACUACAGACUUGUGGAUUGGUUUAUUUCAGUCACAGUGGAAAACUUACUGGACUGAUGGACAACCAAAGUCAUAUACCAAUUUUGGUAAUAAUGUACGUGAGCGUUGGUAUUGGUACGAUCAAACGAAAAACUGUUUUGUGAUCAAUACCAAGCCUUUGGUUGGUAUUGGGAAAUGGAUUCAAAAGUCAUGCAAUGACACCAAUGGAUUUAUCUGUCAUCGAAAUCUUGACACAUCUCAACCAGAUUCUCCAGAACCAACAAUUUCUACUAACUACAUCAAAAUACUCAAUGACUCCAUUAAGGUUGUUCCUCAACAAAUGAAUUGGGAUAAAGCUGCAGAGUACUGUAAAAAUGACGAUGCCCUCCUAGCUAGCCUGAGGAAUGAGUGGACGCAAGCUUAUGUUGAGCUCAUGGCGCUGAAUCUCAAGGCUCCUCUUUGGUUUGGAUUACACAAAGUGCAGAUCAAUGGUUCUUUCAGAUAUGUUGAUGGAUGGCAUUUAAUAUUCAGUCGAUGGGGUACAAAUGAACCAAGAAAGGACAGAAGUUGUGUAUACAUGGAUGUGGAUGGAAAAUGGAAAACCGCUCACUGUAAUGAGACACUAAUGAGUGUUUGCAUGAAGUCUACAGAUGUGCUGCCAACAGAGUCGACCAUUUUUCCAGGAGUUUGCCCUCAAGACCCAGAGGCAACAAUAGAAAACAAGAACUAUAUCUGGGUACCAUUCAGGGGUUAUUGUUAUAUUUUUAUUACAGAGCAAAAACACUGGAGCGAAGCAUCCACCACCUGUGUAGCACAUGGUGGAAUGCUUGCCAGCAUUGAAGAUUCCUCUGAGCAAAAAUUUCUAGAAAUUAACCUGAGAACUUUUCAAGAUGGCUACACAUCUUUCUGGAUUGGCCUGUUUAAAAAACAAUACAAAGAGGAAUGGCUCUGGGUGGACAGAACAGCCAUGGGUUACACUAACUGGGCUGAAGGUCAACCUUUUAAUAUGAGCUUUGGAUUGCGCACAGGGGAGAUUAGUACAUCAGAUGGGACAUGGAAGGAUAUCGAAAUAUGGGAUUAUAGACCUUACAUCUGCAAGACACCAAAAGUAUUACUACCAACGCCAUCACCACCAGCCCAAACUGGAUUACCUCAUCAUCAGCGUGUCUAUAUAACCACUGCAGUUGUGUUAGUCAUUACUGGGAUUGCAGUGGUGGCAGUCACUGCUGUCUUCUUCUUCAAGAAAUUUGGUCAUCAGUUACCCGCCCCUAACACCUUCGAUAACCCGCUCUUCUUCAGCAGUAGAGUGUCACAGCCUGAGCAAGCUGACACCAGUAUACUGGUAGAGAAUGCAGCAGAAGAGAACACUGGAGAUUUAAUCAGUAUGUAAUUUAAAUAUUUUGGGCUCAUUUUCUUGGCCCAUGUGAUUUCCUAGUAUGUUAUAAAAAUUUGAGCUGAGGUGGCAGCAAGUAGCAAAUAAUGGCUUAUUGGAAAAUAAAAGGUGAGAAUCAUCUCAUAUUAUCAUAUUCUGUGAAUGUAGGUUACAUAAAUGCUGGCUUUUGUUAUUUCAGUUAUGGUUAGGAUAAAAGGUAGGGUAAAUGGAGUUUAAUGCAUGUCCUAGUCAACAAUCAUAUAUGCAUGCAGCAACCUGAAAUAUCAAGACAAAUCAGGAAGGAUCCAUGGUUUCAUGUUGCUGAAAUCAGAUUCUAACCAUACCAUCCAAAUUUCACAACAAGAGCUCAGACUCACCAGACCAGGCAACAUUUUUCUUCUAUUGUGCAAGCUGACAGGCUGCUGUAGUCCAUCUGCUUCAAGGCUUUACAUGUUAUACAUUCAGAAAUUAUUUGAGUUACUCUUGCCUUCCUGUCAACUUGUAGUAGUAUCAUCAUUCUCCACUGACCUCUUACAUAUUGAGGCAUUAUCAUCCACAGAACUGCAGCUCACUGGAUAUUUUCUCUUUUUCAGACCAUUCUCUAUAAAUCCUAGAGAUGGUUGUGUGGAAAAUUCCAGUGGAUCACCAGUUCUUAAAUAUUCAGACUAUAUACACUACCGGCCAAAGAAUACCCCAAUUUUUCAAGUUCUUUAUUGCAAUUAAAUUUGUUCAAGUCCAAUAUAUAGCUUGAAAUGGUACAAAGGCAAGUAAUGAACUGCCAAAGGUUAGAAAAAAAGGUAAGGUUAACCAAAACUGAAAAAUAAUAAACAUUUCAGAAUUUUCAACGAAGACAAAAUGAGUCAACAAUUUAAAGCUGUUCUGCAGCAAUGGAGGUUGACCCAGCCUUGAAAGCUGGUGCUACUAAUUCCUACAGGUGUUCCAACUUUUCUGCAUUACUUACAACGCUUCCUGUCUCAGUGUUGCAAUACACUGUGGUACCUACCAACUGAGCAUCAGUUGAACAGUAUUGUAUUGCAGAAAGUAGUGUGUUGCUAAAAAAUGGCAAGAA